UUCUACAAACUUGUGAUCUAAAGAAGACCACAAAAUCUCCGAGACAAAAAAAAAAACUAUCAAAACAUUCAAAGAGAGUUCUCAAGCAAAUCAUCUUUAAUCAUCCAUACCGGUCGCUAAGAAGAUAACAAGAACAUGAAGCAAAAGAUCUUGAUAAGAGUUACCAUGACUGAUGACAAAGCCCGAGCAAAAGCAAUGAAAACUGCAGUUAAGUUUAAAGGUGUGUCGGCUGUGGAAAUAAAGGGAGAUCACAGGAACCAGAUCGAGGUAACCGGUGUUGAAGUCGAUAUGAUUGGUCUAACCAACACACUGAGGAGGAAGGUAGCAUGUGCGGAGCUUGUAAGCGUAAACAAAGUCGAACCACCCAAGCCCGAUGAAGAGAAGAAGCCAGAAGAAAAGAAACCCGAAGAGAAGAAACCAGAUGAGGCAAAGCCCGAGGAGAAAAAACCAGAUGAGAAAAAGCCCGAGGAGGAGAAACAAGAGCCAUGUCAUUGUCAUCCACCAUGUCAUCAACAACCAUGGCCUUAUGGAUACGGUGUGCCAUCAUCCUAUCAUUACCCAUGUGAUCCCUACGGGUAUAAUGCAAGGGACUAUAUCGGGGAACCAGUCUAUAACCACGAGCCUAAUUGCACGAUCCUAUGAGAAGACUAUCGGAAGAGAU